UGCAGCGCAGUUUUAAGUUUAACCAUGUACUACGUAUAAUUUACAGUAUUGAUGCAAAAGUUAUUACCUUGAUAGGGAAACUUUCCUUAUUUUUUACGAAUUUUAAUUAAGUUUAUACAUUCAUAAAAAUGUUUAAAAAAUGUAAAAUAUUUGAUAUAACCUUGCACUUACCUAAGUUUUCAACCACAUGCCGUUCCAAAGGUUCGUAGAAACUGGCCGCAUCGCUUAUGCCUGCGAUGGUCCACAUCAGGGUAAACUUGUUGCUAUUGUAGACAUCAUCGACCAAAAUAGGGUUUUGGUCGAUGGCCCUGCUUCAAAUGUUUCGCGCUGUGCAAUGAGGUUAAAUGAUCUUCAUUUAACAAAGUUCCGUAUACGUUUUCCGUUCACUGGAUCUACUCGCGUUGUACGUAAAGCAUGGGAAGCUGCAAAAAUCAAUGAUCUUUGGAAAGAAACUAUAUGGGCCAAAAAAGUUGAAGCUAAAAAGAAACGUUUGCAGCUCAGUGAUUUCGACCGAUUUAAGUUAAGAAGAGCAAAGCGAAUUCGCAAUAAAUUAAGGACAGAUGUAUUUUACAGAUUAAAAAAGAAGGCUAAGAAAACAAAGGCUGCAGGUGCAAAUAAAAAAGUGGAAAAGAAGUGA